AUGUCGAGAUAUACCCCAACACCGUCCAUAGCUACGCCAAGCGUAAGUGAUGUGACUCUCACCGACGAUUGGCAAGAUGUCGAUGGUGCUCGAGAUCUCCCGCUACGACAAAAUGGCUCAGAUCCAGCAGACCGCAUCAGUGUCAAACUAUAUCCUCUUCGUUCUGAUGACGCCCUCAUUGUCUCCGUGACACCUCCUCAACUCCCAUCCAAUGGCCUUACCCGGACUCAUUGUGAUAUCGUUCUGGUAAUCGACGUGUCAGGGAGUAUGAGCUCCGCAGCCCCGCUACCAGACGUGGAAAACAAAAAUGAGAGAGAGGCUGGAGGACUCAGUAUCCUUGACCUCACCAAGCACGCUGCAAGAACCGUUCUCGAGACAAUGAAAGAUGGAGACAGGCUCGGAAUCGUGACUUUCUCCAAUGAUGCAACGAUCGUCCAAGAAUUGACGGCCAUGGCUGAAGAGGCAAAGAAAGAAACAUGGGCCAGGAUUGAUAGCCUUCACGAUCAAGGCUGCACCAACCUGUGGUCUGGAAUCAAAGCUGGCCUACAGCUCUUCCAGAAUGCAAAGCCCAACGGCAACGUUCAAGGGCUUUACGUUCUCACGGAUGGACAACCAAACCAUAUGUGUCCUCAGAAAGGCUAUGCCAACUCUCUUCGACCCAUGCUUGAGAAGAUGGCAAAGGAGACGGAAGGUUCCUGCGUGCCUACCAUCCAUACCUUUGGCUUUGGCUACACCAUCCGCUCGGACCUAAUGUCUUCGAUCGCAGAAGUUGGCAACGGAAGUUAUGCAUUUAUUCCAGAUGCUGGCAUGAUCGGAACAGUUUUUGUGCAUGCUGUUGCUAACCUGUUCACCACUUUCGCACAUUCCGCCACUGUGGAGCUGAAGACGCUCAACCACAAAUUCUUUCAACAUCAGGCCAUGAGUGUACCAGCCGGGCUUGCCACCGAGAAGAACGAGAAAAACAAACUUAUCCUACAAUUGGGAAAUAUUCAAUAUGGUCAAUCCCGAGACAUCUGGAUUCAAUGUCCAAAAAUCACCCAAAACGCCGUCGUCAGCGCUGUGCUCAAUUUUAAGUGUCCAGGCGGAGCGUCUCAGGGCUUUCAGGCUCAAGCCCAUUUUUCGGAAGAGAUCGAUCUGCCCCAAGAGAAGAUCGAAUACCAGAGAUAUCGCUCUGGAAUUUGUACGUUCCUAUCCUCGCUCUUCCCACUCAAGGAUAAUGGUGAGCAUAGCACAAUAAGCGGAGAAGGCAAAGCGUUCCAACAAGCUCAAAAAAACCUCGAUGCCCUGGUUGCUCGUAUUAAAGCCUGUCCUGUCCAAGGAGACGGAGUCAAGUCCCUAAUUGCCGACCUUGUUGGCGAUGAGCCUGCGGGUCAGAUUUCAAAGGCCAUGAUAUCGAAUCAGAAGGAACAGUUUUGGAUACGAUGGGGCCGUCAUUACCUACCCAGCUUGCUCCACGCCCACCAACGGCAGAUGUGCAAUACUUUCAAGGACCCCGGCCCGUUACUCUACGGGAAGGACAGCCCACUCUUCAUUCAAUGCAGAGACGAGCUUGAUGCUGCGUUUGAUAGCCUUCCGGCACCAAAACCCAGUCUACCCCCACCAAUGGUCACCUCCAUCGAUAGCCACGGCAAUGUGGUACGAAAGCAGGGCAAGCAUAAGAUGGUCCAUAUGAGCAGAUACAAUUCGUCCAGCAAUCCUUGUUUCGAGGGAAAUUGCAAAGUCACUUUGGCCGAUCGAUCUGAGAUUCCAGUCAAAACGCUGAGGCCUGGCAUGCAAGUCUGGACGCCCAUGGGUGGACGGCAGGUGGUUGCGGUUCUCAAGACCAACAUUCGCAGGAAUAGUCAGAAGCUGUGCCAGGUUGGCGACCUGUUAGUUACACCCUGGCAUCCGUUCAAACACCAGGGCCAAUGGGUAUUCCCAGCGCAAGUGGCAGACCGCACAGUUGGGUUCCGGGGCAGUGUAUACUCGGUGCUCCUGACACCUUCGAGACAACCGGAUGCCCACGCGAUCGAGGUGAGUGGACAAGUGUGUGUAACCUUGGGUCAUGGUAUAAUGAAGUCUCCCAACGACGCCAGAGCCCAUGGUUUCUUUGGAAACUAUCGCCGGGUGGCCAUAAGUUUGUCUCGACUAAACGCAGACAGGAAUGGUCACCUGCGAUGUGUUGGGCUUCAGAGGGAUGACAGGACCGGCCUUGCUUGUGGAUUUGUUCGCCCUGCAAUCCACAGGGCCUUGUCGUCGAAGGCAUUGAACAUUGGACAGACAGAAAUGAGAGUUGCAUGCUCAGCGUGA